UUGCAGGAUUUUGAUUGUGUUGAAAUAUACAAACAACCGGCUUUCCAACAUCCAUUGUUGAAAAAUCACAAGAUUCAGGAAACAUUCAGCUCAUAUGAGGAUCAUGAAAAAAGCGACAACUAUGAAAAGAAAGACCAUUGUCCAAAGGGAACGGUUCCAAUCUUAAGACAACGAAAUGGAUCCGAGAGCUUUCAUUUGAACACAUCCGAUCAUUUGGGUCAACAUUUUGCAACAAUGGAGACCAGUAUGUUAGAUGGAAGUAUCUAUCGAGGAGCCGAGGCUGAAAUAAGUGUUCAUUCUUUAAAUUUGCAAGAUAACCAAUAUAGUAAAGGUCAAAUCUGGUUAGAAAAUGGAUAUUUAGGUCAACUUAAUAGUAUACAAGCUGCUGGUUGGGCGGUGCAUGCAAGAUUGUACGGUGACAGUGUCACACGGUUUACAAUAUAUUGGACUGGAGAUGGCUAUGGUAAAACUGGGUGCUACAACACACAAUGUCCUGGUUUUGUUGUUUUAAGUCGAAAUCCCAUAAUUGGAAAUCAGUUUUCGGGAUCAUCUGUCUAUGGAAAACUUUUAUUUUACACUGCACAUAUUUCGGGGUGA